AUAAACCAAACUUGUUUCGGCAUGCACAAUAAAAUUAUAACACAGAUGGAUAUUUUGGGAAAUUGGAUUACAGAGGAUAUGGGAAGCAUUUAAUUGCUUCCCUUCAGCUGCAAUGAACUGAAGAUAAGAUCAUUGGUUCGGUUAUAACAGAAAGAGCUAAAAUGGCAGAUAAGACAACAAAGCAGGCCCAACAGAAAUUUACAAACCUGCGUAAACGCCUUGACCAACUUGGGUAUCGGCAAACUUUAGGAUUAGAAUCACUUCCAUUGGUGGAAAAGCUGUUUUCAGACCUGGUACACACAACAGAGAGUCUGAAACAUGCAAAACUAGAUCUUGGGAAACAGGAUGUUGAACACAAAGACUUUGACACAGCAGUUGAACCAUACAAAAGUGACAAUGCCAAACUUGUGAAGGAAAAUAAUGACCUGCAUCAACAACUAAUAAAACACAAGGAAGACUCGGAUGCAGUUAUUAGAGAACUGAAGGCUUCACUACGCAAAUUAGAACAUGAAAAUGCUGACCUCAAGUUUCUCAGCAACCAGUAUGUACAUAAGGUCCGGCAGCUGGAGAAAGAGUCCAAAGCCAAGUCUGAGCGAAUCCUUCACCUACAGGAGAAAAAUUUCCAUGCUGUUGUACAAACACCAGGUGGUAAGAAGAAGAGCAUUCCGUUUCGGAGACAGCGUAUGGAGAUUGACACAGCUGUGCCUGACUUUGAUGGUCCCAGCAGACCAAUGUUGUUGUCUACAGAUGACCCUUAUGUUGCUGACCUCCUCCAAGUGGCAGAUACACGGAUAUCAGAACUAGAGAGACAACUCUCCGUCUUCAGAGACGAAAAGGAUGUGAUUGAUAGAAAGCUGAAGAACUUCAGACAGCAGGUAGGGUAGU